CUGGUAGUAAAACUAUGGCACCAGCGCUCAACGAGCCAAUGAGCCCCACGGAAAAACUCUCCAACUCGACGGCAAAAGUCGCACCACCAUCUCGUUCGACUAAAAGCGCUAAUGAAUCAGGCUCAACAACGUCGACAUCCCUCAACACCAAUAGUGAACAAAAAGUGAAAGGAUACCGUCGAUCUUCGGUCUCUACUCCAACACCGUCAUCCUCGACAUCUAAUUCGACACGGAUAACCAGAUCCAAGGACGCUUAUCAACGAGUUUUUGAACAAGCAGUCUCGCCAACAUCUUUAGUUGCGCAAAAAUCAAAACAAUUAAUCAACACCUUGGCAGACAACAAAAACACAUCGGUAACAGACACCAGUUUGGCAGACGGUGAGAAAAGGGAGACUCAAAAGGAAGAUAACAUCAGUAAUGAGCCAAUGGGCCUAAGCAUAAUUCCACAUAACAAGGGCAUUAGUAUUGGUAAUGACAAAAAUAUUGUCGAGGCAAUAUUUUCGGACGCAGAGGGGGGUGAGACGCUCUGCAAAGAAACCGAAUCUAAUAUCAACAAUAACAAUAAUACGAGUAUAAGCUGUAAAAGUAAUUCAACGGAACAGCUUUUAGCCGAUUUGACAAAUGAUAUUGAAGAGAGCAUAACAACGAAAGUUUGUAUUCGUAAACAUCUUCAAGAAGUCGCAGUGGGGAAGAACGGCUCAAAUAAAAUAACAAGUACAAAUUCGGAGACGAAAGAAUUCACCAAUCUAAAAUUUUGUGGAAAAGAAGCAAAUAAAAUAAACGCAGCUGUAAGUCCGAGUAUCGCACAAUCCUCACAAGGAGACGAACGCCAACGUAUGGAAGUAGAGUUACUUACUGAAUGUAAUGAAAAAAGCGAAAAUUGUUUAGGGUCGUCCUCCAAAGCGCAAGCACAAAAGAUAACAAUAAGCAAUGAGAAAAAAAGAUUUAGUGAUGUGAUUGUAACAACUCAGGGGCUAUCAAAGAUUACACCGACUAUUCCAACUGAAGAAGUAAACGCUGAGUCUGUAAAGGGAACCUCGGGAACUUUGAAAUCAGAUGCUACAACGCGUAUUCAAAUUUUGUCUGUCGAUGUCCUGCCGCCAAUAAGUACAGAUUCAACUAUGACCGCCUCUGAAGUGGAGGAUAACCUUGAAGAGCGAUUAAGUCAGUUGGAUGGUACGGCCAUGGCUUCGCCAACUUGUGAGGAAGGCAUUACUCCAGUAAGCGGAACCAUUGUAACCCUCCCUGUAUCAACAACGCCACCGUGUACACCAACAAAGCAUCAAACACAUCACCAACAGGUGCAGCAGUUGCAGCUGCAAUUGCAACAAACCCCACCAACACCAUUAUCGAAUCAAGUGCGCCAGCUACAACACUCUUUUACGCCGCAAAGUAGCACAUCGUCGGUGAAUACAUUGAAUAGCACGAAUUUGCCACCAGCGUUUAUGAAAGAGGGUGGUGCUGGCGAACUAGAGGAUCAAGAUUUAGAAGAGGUGUUGAAAGUUCUUAAAGGUUUUGAUGGCAGCGCUGGCGCUGAUACGCUCUGCGACUUAAAUGUACUAUUUAACGAAGAGUACACACUAUAUGAAGACGUCGGCAGCCAGGUAGCAUCUACAUCGAACAAACCGAGCCCCUUAAAGGAAAUGCAAAAUGAAAUCGAGCGUAAUCAACAAGCGAUGCAUCGCAAAAUCGAUUUUCUAUUAAGGCGCUUGCGAAAAAUACAAUCACGUUAUAUGAGCAAGCAUUGCAGCGAAGAAAUAGCUGGCUUGUUUGAGUGGACGGCACGUAUAUCUGUGGGUAAAGGUAAUGCCAUGAAUAGAGUUUCGGAUUUAUUAUGUCCUGAUACCGCAAUCAGUGUCAUAGCAGCGCGACCGCCGGCCAAUAAUUGGGCAGAUGAAAAGAAUCCAGUGGCUUCAACACAAAUGUCAUCUAUGUUACGGCGCUUAGAGCAGUCUUCGAAUGCCCAACAGCUGUGCAUGGUUCCCACAAAUAGCAAUUUGAUUGUGGCGAGUACGCAAAUGUCGCGUAAAUCUAAGAAGGCAUUAUUACAAGAUAUGCAAACGGCUGCGUCAACGUCCACAGCGACAACGUCAAUAUCGACGUCGGUUGAACGUAAAGGAGAAAUUGUGGUUCCCAAUUACGAUAUAAAUGUCAGCGAAGAGUUGGCUCAGGUUGCUGGGCUGCUGCAAACAGAAAUGCGUGAGGUGCAAACCUCAAUGGACUCGGAUGCGACAGAAUCAAGUUCUGGUGGUGAAUCUGCCGAUGAAAUGGUCACCUAUAAUAAUCAAAUACAACAGCCAUUAGCCAUUGCAAAGCGUGCAGCGUGGCGGUAUUCACGUGAUCGAGCAGCGAUAGCCGCGCGUUGGUCUUGGCUACUUUCACAAAUAGCUGAUUUAGAAAUAAAAAUACGGCAACACACUGAACUACGACAGGAAAUUGUACGAACCAAAGGGUCAGUGGUAUGCGGUCAAGAUGAGCCGCACGUUGCUACGAAUGAUAGUAGUCUCAAAACAAGUGAAAUCUCCGCAAUCAAUAUAACAACAACAUCUGUUAAUGGUUACAAAGGGAAUCUGGUAGGCAACACAAGCAGUAAACUUGAUAUAAGCGAAGCGGAUGGAACGGGACUGAUGGGGACUGCUCGCACCCGCGGUUUUGUGCCAUCGCUUUUCCGUAAACGUAAACUCCUUCAAACACAGAGUCUACACACAAUUUCCAAGAAGGCUGCGCGACCAAGUAACAUCAAAUGUGGUUGCCAGUGGCCAUUCAAUCCAUGUGCACUGUGUACGGGGCGAAUAGAUCCGACAGCGCCUCGAGAUCCGCCAGAUACAAUGAUGAUGGCGGAUAGAAUAGCGCUACUGGAUCCUGGCUAUCAUCCUGUUUUAAGUUUCCGUGAAGACGUCAGCAGCACUUUGCACUUGGAGGCCAUUGCUCGAAUUCCAGAAUGGCAGCACAGAGUUAUGCGUUGUCAAGUUAAAAGUAUAGCGAAAAGCGUCUGGAAAGCUGAGCGAGAAGCCGAACGUGCAGCCGGACUUAACACAUCCAAAAAAUACAAUGAACCAACCGUGAAACGCCGCUACACAAAGAAAAAGGAUCGCUUGGCGAUGGAUGAAAAGAAUGCGGCGGCAGCGGCAACGGCUACGGCUACGGCAACAACAGCAAAUUCUGCAAAUGCGUCACUAUCAACAAUUGGUUUUGCAACAGAUUCAUCGGCUAAUUUAACAAAAGGAGUCGGACUCGAAAAUGGUGGAGCGGCAACGAAUGUGUCAGCAGCUAGCGCAAAUGAAACUACAGCGAUAACAGCAACAACAACGUCAUUGCCGGCGAGCGAUGGUGGAAACGGUACUGGCAUUUUGUCUACGUCUACUACAACAACGCCACUUGUGGCCAACAAAGUGGCAAAAAAAUCAAAAAAACUGCAUCACUAUCAUCUAGUUGGCGACGGUGUGCUGCUGGAACCGCCACGACCCUUAUCACCGGUCGCCACCAAUCACAGCAGUCACAGUCAAAGCAGUUAUCACAGUCAACAAAGCGUCAACAGCAAUUCGGUACAUCAAACAAGCGACAAUCCUCCGCAAAAUUACGAUCCAUACAGUCCCAACCCAAUACAUUCAUCAUCAAUCUCCAGCAACAGUAAUGGCCUGAAUGGCGGUGGCGGUGGCAGUAGUAGUGGUAUUGGCAACCAUAAACAUAAUAAACAUCGUAAAAGCUCAGCGUCAAGCACAUCAAUGGGCAAUGCUAACAACAACAAUAGCAGCAGCAAUAACACUCAUUUUCAACAUCAGAAUAAUUAUGCGACAUCGAACUACACCGGUGAAUCGAAUGAUGCGAAUUGGGACGGCUUUGCGACACGUAGUCGCACAUCGUCGCCAACACAUGCAAGCGCGUCCGUCGGCAACAGCAACUAUCACAAAUACGAAAGAUCUAAAAAUCGUACUUCGUAUGAUAUAGACAACAUUGUUAUACCGUAUAGUGUUGCGGCAGCGACACGUGUUGAAAUUUUACAAUACAAGGAAAUACCAACACCCAAAUGGCGUGUUAUUGAAGACGAUCGAACAUCUGCUGUUGAGUCAACUGACACAGCAAAUAUUACGGAUAAUGCCGUUACUGCGAAAACUAAUGGCGAUGAGAGGUUAGAAAAUGAUUUGAGUGACAUUGUAAAUCAGACAUCAAGUGAUAUAACAACAGCAAAACCCAAUGAAGAUGCUAAGAAAGAAAAAACAGAACAGUCGUUGUCAGUUGAAAAAACAACAGCAACAACGGCAGAAAAUAAAACAGAGGCAUCUGAAAAGCGGGAUGUUACUAAGGAAGUCCCGCCAGUAGAUGAAGAAGAUACCUCAAAUAAAAUUGAUGCCCCGAUCGAAGAAACUUCCAAAGUGCUAGAUCAUAAAAAGAAUAAUGUUUUAUCACAUAAUGUUUCGACAAAAACUGAAAGUGAAAACAUCAAAGCCGAUGCAACAACAGCUACUGCUGCGUCAUCAGACGAGCCAACAGCGAAAAAAUUAAAACAUGAGGACGCUUCUUCCACUGUUGAGGGCACUGUUGCGGCUGAAACAGAAACUGUAGACGAUCCUACUACAGGAGAAUUCGAAGAAAUGAAAACCACAGCAUCUGAGUCAAUUUUGGCUUUGAAGCGUACGGCGCGUUUGAAACGCAGUGAUACAUUUCAGGAAGAUAACUUUGAAUAUGAUGCUACUGCUGAUGAAGCUAACGAGACAGAGGAUAUCUCUGAUGAAACCGUUAAGUUACGACAUGAGCGUGCACUGGUUGAGGAACGUCGAAAAUUCCAAACGUAUUUAAAAUAUCCAUGGAGCACACGUUCGCGCGCCAAUCGGCGUAUUGACAGUCGGGCAGAAUCUAGUGGCGCCAACACUCCCGAUCCCACUUCUCCAGCGCCACAAACCGCCAUUUUAGGUGGAGGUGAUCAUGAGAGUAUUCCAUCGCCUGCUCCACCGGCUACACCGCUUAACCCCUUGGACACGGUUACGGAAUUGACCGAGAAUGGUUUAAGUAAUGCUCCAGCAAGCAGCAUUGGCGGCACCUCAAUUUGUGCGAAUAAUAAUGAUUUAAAUAAACGUUUGGAACGCCGUCGCACAACAUCAACUAAAAGAGAUCGCGAAACGGAGCGACGCAGUUCUACGCCAGACCCAAAAGAGCUUGUGCCUCCAUAUGAACCUUUGAAAUUCCCACUUACCGAUGAGGAGUUUGAAGGAUUGCUAAAGGCAAUGCCCGUCGAAUUUCACUAUUUGAAUUUCGAUGCAAAAUAUUUAGAAGACUGCAACAACACUGGUGCUGCUGCUAGUGGCUCCAAAUAUCCACGGCAUCGAAACAGUUGGCGUGGUGAUGGUUCAGCUGUGGUUAACAGACGUGGAAAAUCAAUACAAAACUGUGAUGUUACAACAAAUAAAAGACAGCGAGUUAAUGGUGGUAAGAUACGCAAAGGUUCCAAAGGUGGCAGGGGAAGGCGACGCGGUAAUCACACACGCGUUAGAUUUAAUAAUGAAGCGGUGAACAAUUGUGUGAAUAGUGGUGGAGCGGACGAAAUUGAGGAAGCGGAUGAUGAUGACGAUGAUGAUGAUGUCGAUUUAAUGAUGUUUUUAGCCGAGGAGGAUGAUGAUUAUGACUAUCCAAAACAUCAUUUGGCUCCCGAUGAUGAUCUCUUUGAAGGCGGUGCAGGUAGUGCUGGCUGCGUUGGACCCUUUAAUGGUGGCGCACGUGACCGAAUGAUGGAUAUAGACGAUGAGUACGAGGCAUAUUUAGGCCGGCGUCACCGAGAUAGCGAUGCAGACUCCACGGACAGCGAGCCAUUCGCCGACGAUGAUCCGAACGAUCCGGAAUGGCGUGGCGAAAGUGAAGAUCGUGGUGGCGGUGGCGGCAAUGAACGACAACGCCGUACUGUGAGGUAGCGAGAAUAAAUAAAAACUUACUUGAAAUUAUUAAAGACGCCUGAGAAAGUCGCCACUACGCUUUUUUUUUGUAAUAUUUGAAUAUUUUUCACAUUUAAUUUAGCAAAAUGUCGUUUCAUGCUGCGUUGCAUUAAUAUUUAGUGUGCGUAAUACUUUGUUGUUCGUGGUAAAGCCAUAGAAUUCAAUACAUCUCCCAGUUUUAAUUACAAUAUCUUACGUAAAAAAUUACAAUGCCAGCGAGCAAACACAAUUAGUAAGAGUGUUUGCUGAAUGUAUGUAAUGUGGAUCUAAUGAAAUAAGAAAAAAACAUAGUUCAGAUAGUUGCUCUUACUUAAUCAACAAUAGCAUAACCUAUUUCAUUUUUCACCUAAUUUACAAGUUUAUAAGACACUAUUCAUAAAUAUGCAAAUAUUUGGGUUUCUUAAUUUGAAAAUUUGUAAUUUGCAUACAUACUUACAUAUAUGAAUGAUAAUUUUGUUGUGCUUUCAUGUAUUUUAAAAUAUCUACAGAUGUAUAUAAAUCAAUAGCAAAUAUUUCCGUGGAAUUUAA